UGCCAAGCAUCACACCUGCCAAGCAUCACACCUGCGAUGCCUGCACGAGCUGGGUGCGGUCCGCGCAGCUGCAGUAAGGGGGUGACCCGGCGUCUGUUAGUCGGCGGUUCAUCUCCUUCGUGCCUCGAUGAGCUUUAACGCCACUUUCCUCCAUUCUCUUUCUUCACCUCUUGAGUGAGUGGCCAUGAGCUGGGCUGCAAGAGUCCUGGGGAGCAGCCAGAGAGCGGGCGCCGCGGGAGCGAAUUGUUUUUGCCCAAGGAUGGUUCUGUGUCUCCGCCAGGCGGCAUGUGACCUGCUCGGGCGCGGGUGGCCCUUCACCCCUGUUUCCAAGAUGGCAACUAUCAAGAGUGAACUUAUUAAGAAUUUCGCGGAAGAGGAGGCCAUUCAUCACAAUAAGAUCUCCAUUGUAGGAACUGGAUCGGUUGGUGUGGCUUGUGCUAUCAGCAUCUUAUUAAAAGGUUUGAGUGAUGAACUUGUCCUUGUGGAUGUUGAUGAAGGCAAACUGAAGGGUGAGACAAUGGAUCUUCAACAUGGCAGCCCUUUUAUGAAAAUGCCAAAUAUUGUCUCCAGCAAAGAUUACCUGGUCACUGCAAACUCCAAUCUAGUGAUUAUCACAGCAGGUGCACGCCAGAAAAAAGGAGAAACACGCCUUGAUUUAGUCCAGCGAAAUGUAUCCAUCUUUAAAUUAAUGAUUCCCAAUAUUACCCAGUACAGUCCUCACUGCAAACUACUUAUUGUUACUAAUCCAGUGGAUAUCUUAACUUAUGUAGCCUGGAAGUUGAGUGGAUUUCCCAAAAACCGUGUUAUUGGAAGUGGUUGUAAUCUGGACUCUGCUCGUUUUCGUUACUUUAUUGGGCAAAGGCUUGGCAUCCACUCUGAAAGCUGUCAUGGGCUGAUCCUUGGAGAGCAUGGCGACUCAAGUGUUCCUGUGUGGAGUGGUGUGAACAUUGCUGGCGUCCCUCUGAAGGAUCUGAACCCAGAUAUAGGGACUGAUAAAGAUCCUGAGCAGUGGGAAAAUGUCCACAAAAAAGUGAUUUCCAGUGGCUAUGAGAUGGUCAAAAUGAAAGGUUAUACUUCUUGGGGCAUUAGCCUAUCUGUAGCUGAUUUAACAGAAAGUAUUUUGAAGAAUCUUAGGAGAGUGCAUCCAGUUUCUACCCUAAGUAAGAUGGAGUCUCUGUCACCCAGGCUGGAGUGCAGUCGCAUGAUCUUGGCUCACUGCAACCUCUGCCUCCUGAGUUCAAGCGAUUCUCCUGCCUCAGCCUCCCGAGUAGCUGGGAAGCAAACUUCCUGAAGGGCCUUGUGAAUUACCUGGGUCUUCUAAUUACCUGUUAGAUGAUCCUGCUUUUUACCAAAACCAUCAACAAACUCUAAGCCAUUCUAAACUAACAAAAAAGUUUAAUGCUCUCGAAUAUCAGAUCCCAUCUUCUCUCUACCAUUAAAUUAUGGUGAACCCUCAUCUUUGCCAAUGAUCUUUCUUCCAUUAACCAUAAUUCCCAAAACGUCAGCACAACAACUAGAAUCUGCUCUCUCUUAACAGUUAUCACUAUAUUUAUUAGUUUAAUAACCUAUUUUCUGAAGGAAAGGUCUCUAUAAUCCUUAUU